GGAGUGGUGGAGUAUUUUGUAAAAUGGAAAGGCUGGAGUCAGAGGCAUAACACCUGGGAACCCGAAGAAAAUAUUCUGGAUAAUCGUUUAAUUGUUCUUUAUGAGCAGUCACAUAAGUCAGAUGGACCAGCCAAAAGAGGACCCAAAAAGAAAGAAAGACUUGCUGCUCCAGUAGCGGAAGAUACGGAAGAUGAUGGCUUACGUAGUGGAGAAGAGAGUCAGGAUGAGGGUCCUUCAGAGACCACCACCACCACCGAAGUUAAACCCAAACAUGAAAGUAUUGCUAGCGCAGAAGAUGAUGAAACUCGUACUGGUUCUGAGGAAACGUCAGAGAGUACUUCUGCGCCAACAGUAUCAACUGCUGAGAAUGAAAAUUCAAAUAGUUCCAGUAGUGACGACAGAAAACCUUUACUGGCUAGGAUGGAUCUUGUUGGGACAAAAAGGAAAGCAGAAGUUUUGUCGAAGGAAAGUGGAAAAAUUGGUGUUACGAUUACUACCAGUAGUCCUACUAGUUCUAGUCCCCCUCCAGUUAAGCGNCAAGGAUCAAAAAGCGAAGAGGAAACUUCAGCUAUUCCUUCAGCAGCGAGUCCUGCCACGGCCGCAGCUCCUAGGACGAGCACAGACAAAAGACUGAUAUUGAGUGAUGCUACCCUUCCGCAUUCAUCUAACAAAGAACCCGCAUCUCCCAAGGGGGUUGCAUCAAGAACAGACGAGAAGAGGCCUGAGAAAAAACCGGAAGUCAAUACUGAGAACGAGGGAUGUGAAGAAAAACCAGCCCCUGUCAACGGUCACAACAAGAGUAAUGUCGAGGAAAGUGCUCCACUUCUCACUAGUCCAGGUUAUGCCUACUGGCUAGCGAGGAACCCUGUCGCUGAUCAGGUUUUUAUAACUGACGUCACCGUCAACCAUGAAACUGUAACGAUUCGAGAGUGUAAGACAGAAAAAGGAUUUUUUAAAGAUCGAGAUGAUAAUAAUCAUCCCAGUGAUACUGUAUGAACUGACGAAUUUCGAAAGUUUUCCUUUGGAAAAAUUAAUAUUUACCGGUAAGUGAAUAUUGUACAGGGUAGCUCUUUUUAUUAGAGCAUUUUCAAUUUUACGGAUUUCGUUGUGAAAAUUCGUUCAUUUCUGAUUUUAUUAGUCAGCGAAGAUUUGCUUGGUACUUUGGGUCAUAUGUUGGAUACUUCAGAAAUUGGUACUAGAUUUUUUACAUUAUCCAUGAUUAUUAUCCAUUUUUGUUUUUUCCUUUAUACUCAACUAAAUGCUUACCUUUUUGUGGUGUCGAAUGAACUUUAUUUGAUGUAAUUUUCAUUUAAGAUUUCAUUAUACAUGUAAAAUCGUUAUAUAUUUCUUAGAGUUGUCACAUUUUAAUAAUUGUACAUAAAUCCUAUUGACUUUUUUUGCAGGAAAUAAAUUAUUUUGUCUGAACAUUCUUCAAGUAGUAAGAUGACAUUUCUAUACAUUUUGUUAGCAACAUAUUUUUUUUGAUCAUUUACCUCAUUAAUUUGUUUCUUGGAUUAGCUUCCUUUGAUUGUUAAAAAUAUUGAUAUCAAUAAUUUUAAUGUGAGUUCACCUGUUAUCUAAUAUGUUUUACUAAGGCCAGUUUACAGUCUUCUACUUUUGAAUACAUCUGGAACUCCACAUCAUUUUUGUUUAUUGAGUUUGUCUAUUAAUCACUAUCUACAAAGAGAUAUUUUGCUGUUUCUAUAACCUCUCCACAGUAACAGCAACUUGUAACUCCAAUUUUUCAAUUUCAUUUGAUACUGAAAAUAGGGUAAACCAUUUUUUCAAUUAUUUUUGUCCAGGCACUUCAAUCUAUUAUACUAGAUUGUAAUGGGUCAUGAAGCUUUUCAGCUUUUCUUCAUAAUCCUAACCUAACCAAGCUUCGAAUUCUAGGAGCUCCUGUAAAGUUGAUCCCA